CAAUCAAACGCACUCUUCGUCUUCUUCGUUUUUCUUUCUUUCUUUCUCGUUCUCUCUCAGUCUCUGAGUUAAGGCUUUUUUGAGUGUUCGUACGGAAAAUGUCGAUGGCGAAACAGCACAUAGAAAAGAUACGGAGGACGAAAUUCUCCAUUGGAGGAGAAACGAAUCCUCUCACUGAGGAUCUUCAUCAGGCCGUCAAGAAUCUCUCCGCUGAACUCUACGCUAAGGACGUUCACUUCCUCAUGGAACUUAUACAGAAUGCUGAAGAUAACGAGUACAUGGAGGAUGUGGACCCGUCGCUGGAGUUCGUGAUAACAAGCCGGGAUAUAACAGAGACCGGAGCUCCGGCGACAUUGCUGAUAUUUAACAAUGAGAGAGGCUUUUCGGAUAAGAACAUUGAAUCCAUUUGCAGUGUCGGACGCUCUACCAAGAAAGGCUUCAGGAAACGCGGUUAUAUUGGGGAGAAAGGAAUUGGGUUCAAGAGUGUGUUCUUGAUCAGCGCAAGUCCCUACAUUUUCAGUAAUGGAUAUCAGAUUCGAUUUAAUGAAAAUCCUUGCCCACAUUGCAGUCUUGGUUACAUAGUUCCUGAAUGGGUUGAUGAGAACCCAACUUUAUCUGAUAUAAAACAGAUAUAUGGUUCUAAUUCUGCUCUACCAACAACGGUAGUGAUCUUGCCUUUGAAGCCUGACAAAGUCAAACCAGUGAAGCAGCAACUCUCUAGCAUUCAUCCUGAAGUCCUGCUGUUUCUUUCCAAGAUUAAGCGGCUCUCGGUCAGAGAAGACAAUGACGAUCCAAGGCUCAAUAAUGUAAAUGCAAUAUCAAUAUUGUCCGAGACAGAUUUUGUCCAAAGGAAGGACUUCGAUGCUGAAUCCUACACUCUCCAUCUGUCUGCAGAAGAAAAUAGUAAAGACUCAGGAAAUGAAUGCAGGUAUUAUAUGUGGAAGCAGAAGUUUCCUGUCCGGCAGGAUUGUAGAGUGGAGAGGAGGAUGGAAGUCGAGGAGUGGGUGAUCACGCUAGCAUUUCCUUUCGGAGAGCGGCCUAAUAGAGGAAUGCAAUCACCUGGUGUUUAUGCAUUUCUUCCAACAGAGAUGGUGACAAACUUUCCCUUCAUAAUUCAGGCAGAUUUUCUUCUAGCAUCGUCGAGGGAAACGAUUCUCCUGGACAACAAAUGGAACAAAGGGAUUCUUGAGUGUGUUCCCCUGGCUUUUAUCAAUGCAUUUAUCUCGCUGGUGAAAACAACAGGAGAUGCUCCAGCAUUCAAUUUGCCCCAGUUGUUCGGGUUCUUACCUAUCGACAGCUCUAACUAUCAAGAGUUUAAUUUGGUGAGGGAGUCCAUCAAAGCAAAGGUGGUUGAAGAAAAUAUUGUACCGAGUGAGUCCCAUACGGAGCAGAAGUUCUUUUACAAGCCUCGCGAAGUGGGUAGGCUAAUGCCUGCUUUCUGGAGUAUUUUAAACAAGGCAAGGACGCAAGGGGUGAGCUUGCUGAAGCUCUCAUCCCAUGGGAAAUACAUUUUGAGUUAUUCAUUUGACAAACAGAAGUAUGAUCACAUCCUUGGUUUCUUGGGAGUGGAGCCAGUCGACAAUGAAUGGUAUGCAAAGUGCAUACAGGGUUCCAACCUUGUAGAGGGAGUGUCUGAGGCUGUUUACAUCGAGCUUCUCCAGUUUAUUGCUGAUAAUUGGAGUUCCAAAUUGUUCAACACCAACAUCAAGAACAUACCACUUAUAAAGUAUGUGGAUCAUGAUGGGAAGGAGUCUAUCCGCAGCAUCAACGGAAGCAAAAAUUGGAACGGGCAGAGGCUGGUUUUCAUAUCCCAAAAGCCGGAACAUAUUUCAUGGUUGAUUAAUUGCAACGGGGAAUUCAGGUCUGUGAGCAGUUGGUUUUUCAUGCCAAAAAGCACACAGGAAGCUCUCCGAUCAAAGAAGGACUCAUUGUUGGAAUGGCUUGGAAUUCAAGUGGGAGUUGACAUUGUUAAUGUAUAUGAUUAUGCAGGUCUCCUUAAAAAUUCUCUUGGGAAUGAGCGGAAGUCUGUAGUUGCCUAUGUUCACUUCUUAUACCACUCACUAUCGAAAAAUUAUAUCUCCUUUCAGGAAGUUGGUUAUUUGUGUGGUAAUAAUAUUCCUCUUGUAAACAGCUACGGGAGUGUAAUCAAACAAAAAAACGGGGUUCUAGUCCCUGCAAAUGGAAGUAAUUGGUCAAGAUUGAUUGAAUCAAAUCUGUGGAGAGAAAAUGACUAUGUUGAAUUGGGGGAAGACUAUUUGAAACAAGGUUAUUUUGCUGGUGAAUUUACUGCGGCAGGGACGCUUGUUAAUUUCCUUAGAGCUCAUGCUGGUGCUUCUGAUGUCCCUUAUAUAUCUCUUCCCAACGCUCAGAUUCCGGCUGCGUCUGCACCACUUACCAAGGAUAAUGCAUUCUUGCUCUUAAAAUGGAUUCGUUGGCAGAAAGGCCUUCCCAUCCCCGACAAGUUCUUGACAUCCAUAAGGGAAGGUAGCUGGCUGACAGUUAAAUUGAAUGGCUCCCGUGGUUACAGGCCACCUGAGCAAUCAUUUCUGCCUACCUCGUCAUGGGGAAACAUUUUGCAGAAUGGAUCCGUGCUCGUUGAUAUUCCAUUGAUCGACCUAAGUUAUUAUGGUAAAGAAAUUAACAACUAUAUGGACGAGCUAAAAAUAAUUGGAGUCAUGACUGAAUAUGGGGAAGCGUGUAAAUUCAUUGGCAAGCAUCUCAUGCAUCUGGCAACUACUUCUACAUUAAGCAGAAGUUAUGUGUUCUCAAUACUUCAUUUCAUCAGAUUUUUGAGGACUAACUAUCUUUCACCAGAAGAAUUCGUCGACAGCAUUAGAGGAAGAAGAUGGUUAAAGACAUCCUGUGGUGACAAGGCUCCGGUUGAGUCCGUCUUGUUUAAGAAGGAAUGGGAACCUGCAUCAAAAAUUAGCGACAUUCCCUUCAUUGAUCAAGAUUACUACGGUAAGGAAAUUUAUCAUUUUGAACCAGAGCUGCAGUUGCUGGGUGUGGUAGUAGACUUCAGUGGAAGUCACCAGCUCAUUGUUAACUACCUAAAGCCACCUUCACGCUUAACUUCUCUGACAAAUGAGGCUUUUCUUUUGAUGCUGGAGUGUAUGCGUCUUUUGGGAUCCCCUCAUAAACUUGUCAGCGCAUUAAAAGGUACUAAAUGCUUGAAGACAAAUGUUGGUUACAAGUCACCCAGUGAAACUUUCUACUACCAUUAUGAAUGGGGUUGCCUUCUUCAUGUAUUCAAUGGUCUUCCAUUGAUGGACAAAAAUUUCUAUGGAAUCAGGAUUUACUGUUUCGAGGAUGAGUUGAAGAAAAUUGGGGUGAUAGUGGAGUUUGAAGAAGCUGCUAAAGUAUUUGCUCGUUAUUUUAGAGCAUAUGGAUCGAAGGGUUCCAUUACCAAAGAAAAUGUUGCAUCAUUUCUUUCGUGUUACAGAAAGCUGAAGGGAACUCCCCAUAAGUUCCCUACUGAGGUUAAGAAGUGCAUCCGUGAGGAGAAGUGGUUGAGGACUCGGCUUGGUGAUUAUAGAUCUCCAAGUGAUUGCAUUCUCUUUGGUCCCGAUUGGGAAUCUAUAUAUCCAAUUACUCUCCUUCCUUUCAUUGAUGACAGUGACAAAUGGUAUGGCAAGGAAAUUCACCAGUUCAAAGGGGAGCUCAAAAGUAUGGGAGCUGUUGUGGAUUUCAAGGAUGGAGCAAAAUUUGUGGCCAAUGGUCUUUAUCUUCCCCGGGAUCCCAGCUCUAUUGCUCCAGCCAGUGCACUUUCAUUUCUUGAAUGCAUUAAAAUUUUGUUGUCCGAGCAAAGAUACUCCUUUCCUGAUGCUUUCAUGAAAAAGGUUUCUCAAGCAUGGUUAAAGACGCAUGCUGGUUAUAGGCCUCCUAACAAGUGCUUGUUAUUUGAUUCGAAGUGGGGUAAUUAUUUAAAGCAGACAGAUGGACCCUUCAUCGAUGAACAGUUUUAUGGGUCGACAAUUAGAUCCUACAGGAAAGAGCUCAAUGCAAUUGGAGUAAUUGUUGAUGUGGAAAAAGGAUGUUCCUUAAUUGCCAGCCACCUUGAUGCCCAUUUUGAAUUUCCAACAAUGGUUAGAAUCUACAGCUACUUGAGUGAUUUUAAGUGGGAGCCAGAUAGUGUGGAUGGGAGAAGAAUUUGGAUCCCACAUGGAAAUCAAAAUGGGAAAUGGGUUACUCCUGAAGAUUGUGUUGUUUCAGAUAAGAGUGGACUAUUUAGUUUGCAGCUUAUUGCUCUGGACAAAUAUUACAAGCAAAACUUGCUUGUCUUCUUCUCUACUGCUUUCCAAGUCAAAUCUAGUCCUGAUUUUGAUGACUACUUUCAGCUCUGGAAGGGUUGGGAAAGUUCAGGACACAAUUUGUCUCAUGAUGAGUGUUGCAAAUUCUGGGGUUAUGUUACAAAACACUGGAACUCCAAAACAGAGAAAGCUCUUGCUGAUGGAUUGGUGAAAGUACCAGUAAAUUCAGGUUCAGAUGGAAUUUUAUUGUCCAACAAAAAUGAUGUUUUCAUUGCUGAUGACCUUCAGCUGAAGGAUCUUUUUGAACAAUCUUCUUCUCACCCCAUCUUUGUCUGGUACCCUCAACCAAGCUUGCCAAGUCUGCCUCGAACCAAAUUGCUUGAAAUUUUUCAGAAAAUCGGUGUUCGUACUAUAUCUGAAUCGGUACAAAAAGAAGAGAUAUCCAUGCGAAAUGGCAUUGAACCUGAGCUGGUAAUUCCAUGGAAUAUUUUCAUGGGGAAAGGAAUGGUCAAGCUCAUUCUCGGUUUUCUAGCAGGUCCUACAAUCAACAUGGAAGCAGAAAGGAGGAACAAAGCAGUCCAAGGUCUUCUCAAUCUUACUGUCAAUGAGACUGCUGAUCCAAUUACUGUAAGCUAUAAUCUAUCACUAUCUUCUGGGGAAAAUAUGAAUGUGACAGCAAGUAGAAUGAUACGUUGGGAUAAGGAGAGCUCAAAAUUUUUCACACAGAAGAUAGACAGAUCUAAAGGACACAAGUAUAUCAUUGAGUUUGCUACAUGUUUCUCCGAAGUAAUAUCCGAGGGUAUACUGUGGGAGAACAGCGACCAUAUAGAUGAACUCACUGAACUGAUAAAGCUGGCUUUUGUUCUGGAAUUCAAUGAAGAAGCAGUUACAUUCUUAAUGAAGUCCAAGAAUGUGCAAAUAUUUGUGGAGGAUGAAGAUUUCCUCGCUUCUGCCUUUCCUUCUGGUUAGCUUGGUGUGUUAUAUAUAGCCUUAUAUUUUGUUAAGUAUAUGGAGUUUUUACAGCUAUUUGAUAUAUGCGUUUGUAUGAGAACAGCGUCGCUGGUGAUUGGAAGUAUUCUAUGUCUUUUGUUUUUCAAGUGUGUAAUAGUAUCUGGCAUUGUAUAAAUAUGUAUUAAUGGAUUUGCUGCUACUAUGUAAAAGUUCGCCAAUUACUUA